ACAUUUCUUUUCGUUAUUGUUUAGUCUUGUUAUCAUCUCUCUUACUUGCACUUAAUAGCAACUCUAUAUAUUCAUCUACCUCCACUUUCCAUAAUUUCACACAAAACCUUAUUCCUCGUUUUCUAUCUUUUUCUCUUUCAGCGUAUUUUUGCCCAGAUUUUUUAUAAUCGAUACACACUUUUCUAUCCAGCUCGAAUUAUCUCGACCCAAAAUUAUAUCUAUGGAGAGAACUAACAGCAUAGAGAUGGAUCAAGAGAGAUUAACGGCGGAGAUGGCGUUUAAAGAUUCUUCAUCGGCCGUUAUACGAAUUCGACGACGUUUGCCGGAUUUCUUAACGUCCGUUAAGCUCAAGUACGUGAAGCUUGGACUUCACAACUCUUGCAACUUCACCACCGCUCUCUUCUUCCUCGUCAUUCUUCCCUUAACGGGAACCGUGCUGGUUGUUUAAGGUGAGUUUGGUCAAUAGAAAGUAAAAGAACUCAAGAGUGGGGUGAACAGAGACGUUUUAUUAGAGUCGGAAUAACGAGGGUACAAGAGUAAGAAAGCCGGCUAGUCGAUGCUCGGUGAGAUCCUAGCCGGAAGUACAAGAGAGCGGCGAGAUACAAAGAGAAUAAAGGAAACCCUAAUCUAGCCGCUAGUCUGUCUGUCUGUGUAGUGAUGCCUUUCUUUCCUGUCCUCAACUCCUUAUAUAGUCUCCUAGGUCGGUUGGCUUUGACCUAAUCCGUCCCCUUCGUUAUGGGCCUUUUGGCUUAAAGGCCCAGUCGAGAAGACUGCUCGGCCCGAGCCGCCUGAUCGUUUCCAUCGGCUUCUCGUCGUUCAGCUAUAGAGGUCUCGAGCCGAGUCGCGGCUCGUCAGAAGCCGUCUCCGAGCCGGUCAUCCUUUGAAUGGUAGUAAUGGGCCUCCUAUUCGCUGGGCCUUGUGGAUGGUGCCAAUCCAUCCCCAACAGUAAGUCCCCCCCUAGUUCGUUGUCGAGCAGCUGGUCGCAGCGAAUUAGUGAGUUAGGGCUCGAAGAAUAGGAGGUUUGAUAGUCGGUUCCUUUGAUUUAACCGAGGAACCGCCGGCGGAAAGAGUUCCGGAUGUUCCCGAACGAACAACCGACCUAUCGUACGCUCGAUGCCUCAGAUGAACUCCUCUGAACCGAUGAAUCGACUGUGCCGGUUUUUGAUGUGACAGCGAACCAUCACCGGUUUUCGAUCGAGAAGCUGAAACGUCGCUAGGGUUUUUUGUCGGGAAUCCGAAAGGUCGCGUCUGAGUGUGACGCGCGAGCCCGCCGACAGGCCCAAUUAGGCCCGCUUAGGGCUAAUGAUGGCACCUCGUGGGAGGCGCCUUCACUCUCUCUAUAAAUAAGAGGUCUCUCUCGAGAUCUCUCUCAUUCUUCUCUCAGUUUAUCAGGUACUUUCUCUCUCUACUCCUUAUCUCUCUAGCUUUUGCUCUCUGUUUUAGUUCCUCUACUCGAUAUGUCGACGAGCAAACAACUUUCUCGAGAACAAAAGGGAAAGAUGAUUUCGAGCACCACUGGUCCCGAUAGUGAUCUGGAGAGGGUUCGCGGAUCCGGCGAUAGCGUAGAGGAGGCUCAUCGCGAGGCGAUGAUGGAUACCGAGAACAUGACCCGAGAGCAGCGUAUGCUCGUCUCGGUAGCGAUGGUUCAAUCUCGCGCAGACGAUGACGGAGGCGAUGGCUCUCCUGACGACGGGAUGACUCCCUACUGCUUCUACCCGGGAAAUAUUUUCGAGGAGCAGCGCCGACUCGAUCCGUCGCGAGCUCGUCCCCCUGUAGUUGAGGGGCAAGACUGGAGGAACGUUUUACCGACGCGAUCCACAUUCGAGUCGGUGACGAAGCUGCUGAAGAGAGGCAAGGCGACCGGAGUUACAUUCAUAAUCCCGUCAAAGACCCAAAGGCCGUGGUCCCCCCCGAAGGGGUAUCAGUGCGUAUACGAGUCGUACUUCGAAAAGGACACGAAACUAUGGUUUCCGAUUCCUCGACUCGUCACCGCCUACACGAUGCGCCGAGGAGUCGCUUUGAGCCAAUUCUUGAAUGGCGCUUGGCGUCUAGCAGUUGCGCUGAUGGUGAUUGGGGCGGAAGCUGGCGCUGCUCUCAGCGUCCGAGCAUUUGAGGAGCUGGUCUCGGUGAAGAUUAAUCGAGGCCUGUUAUCACUGAAGAUACGCCCGAACUAUAAUGUGGUAACGGGCUAUCCGACCAAGACGAACGACUGGCAGCGAUCGUACUUCUAUGUUAAGUCCGAUCGCUCGGCUUUCGAGGAGCCGCUGAAGACCGGUUACCGUGUUCUUUGGAACAAUGAAUUUGGUAUUGAAUGUUCUUUAAUCUUUUACUGUUUCAGACUCCUGACCAUCUCUUUUUCUCUUGUUUUGACAGUUCCUCACUCGAAUACCGCGGAGUACGAGGAAGAUUUCUUGGAGAGUGCUCGGAUUAUCGCGUCCCAGAAACAGGAUUUUUGGGAGAACUUCUCGUACAGGAGGAUUCGUAGGUCGAUUGAUCGGAUCAAGCGGCAGGUUUGGCGUUCGGACACCGUUCCUCUCAUCACCAAAAAGUCGAAGAGAAUCAACUUGUUCACCAAAGCCGAGCAGAUUGAAAUUAACCGAGCCAGAGCUAUGAGGGAAUUGCCGGAUCUAAGUUUGGUGGUUGGGAAGCAACUCGGGUUCGUGGAACCGGACCAAAGCUCUAACGCAAACUCCUCUGAUCCCGGGGAGCCGAGAGCGACUGAGUCGGACGGGGCUCAGCUCGUGAGAAAGUCGGGGAGCAAGAGGAAGGAGAGGGAAGGCGUUUCUUCCGAGGAGAAGCAAGCCGAGGAGACUUCCACCGGUGGGGGCGCCGGAUCGGAGAAGAAGCGGGCGCGCAAGGAUCCCGUUGAGGUUCGGCCUUCCUCUGUGGAGAGAGGUGAGCUCCAGGCCUUGGAGCCUAGCAACAAUUCUCGAGAUGACGUUCUCCCGGAUCCGUCUCUCGAUGGUGGUCUUCAGGGGACUUCUUCUAAGGUGAAGAAGAAGUCGAAAAAGAAUAAUAAGAAGAGUGCCGGCGAAUCCUCGGGGCACGAGAUAGCGCCCAAUACGGAGAAGGAAACCGUGGAGGCUCCGACUACUGCCGUUUCCCUCCCCAAGGCGGCGGUUCGUGAAGAUGCCCGGGGAUCGAACAGGUCCUCUCCGAAGGCUCAGGAGGGUAAGGCUGUGCCGAAGAACCUGCAGGGGUUUUGCCCGGAUAAAGUGGACUUCAUUUUCAAGCGGGACACUCCUCUCGUUUGUAACGAGAGAGAUUGCGCUCGUUUCGUCCGCCAAGUCCGGGGAAGUAGGGAGCAUCUCCCACUCGUCAAGGACUUAGUUUUCCAAGACGAGUACACCGCUGCUGCCGGUUCCUCGGUUAAGGUAAGUAUAGUUUCUGCAUCGCAUUCGUUUCUCGUCUUUCUUCUCAUUUGGUCGUCCUAUCCCAACUCUUUCUUUGAUGUGUUGCAGAGCCAAGGUGACUGGAACGAGGUCGUCCGCAUAUACGACAAAGAGCUGAAGAGGACCUAUGGUGUGAUUGAUAGGCAACGGCGCAACACCAAGGAGGCGACUGCCGCCUUAGAGGUCAUGCUGAAGAAGAAGGACGAAGCGGUUAUUGCAGAAGCGGCCAUGAGGGAUGAACUCUCCCAGAAAGAGGCGGCUAUGAACAAGGAGCUGAAGCGAGCCCGGGAGUUGGUUAAAGCGCUCGAGAAAGAGAAAACCAAGCUGGCAAACGAGAAGAAGACCCUCGAGGAAGAGAAGGCGGCUGCUGCCUUAGAGCAUUCCAAGGAGAUGGAUCGUCUCCGAGAGUCGCGCCGCUAUGAGGUUACUCACGAACGGAUCCGAGUAAUGGCGGCGAUGCAUGGGAAAGCCGCCGUUCGCUUCCAGAGGAUCCAGGAUCGGGAGUCCCGUCGUGAUAACUUUGAGGAUGCGAGAUGCAUGCUCGGCCAGGCUCGGGGGAUGAGACGUUGCCUUGAAGGGAUGAAAGCGGCAGGUAAAAACAUCUCUCAGGGAGAUAUUGAUAUCUACGCCGGGCAAGAGAGGCAUUAUGAUGCGGAGGUGAAGCGUUUGAUCGUAGAUGAUCUUCUCGAGAAGGACCUUUCUUUAUCUCCUCUCGUGCUCGAGUCGAGGUUCGUUAUCCAGGAGAUGAUGGAUAAAAUCGACAAAUUUGGGUCGAACAUGGACUUGCUCGACUCCGAGGCCGCCAAGACGCUUCGCACUCCCCUCAGAGCACCAGGGGAUCGAUCCGAAGAGCCGUCGAAGAGCCUUCUCGACACCGUUCAGUCGCCAGCUCGCCCUGAUGCUGUUCUCCCGGGUCAAGAAGUUGCCCUUAAGGACCCUUCCGUGGCUGAGGAGACGAACAAGUCAGCUCCCGACGAACCGAUCUCCAACACGCCGGUCAAUAUCUCCGACUCGCCGUCAUUCGAGGAUGCGGAUUCUGGCGCGAGUGAAGGACAUCUCGAGGGGGCGGACUCUGGCGCGAGCGAAGAACAUCCCGAGGAGGAUCUUCCUGCCUUGGAUUAGUAUUCGAUGUUUGUUGUAUCUGACUUUUGGCGCUUGUGCCUUUAAAACUAUUUCCUUUUCUCGGCUAAGGCCUUUUGUUGUUUAAGACCUCGUUUCUCGGCGUUAAGCCUUUGAUGUAUGAAUUAUUUUCUUUUGGUUUUUAUCAGACAAGUGUUUCUUUAUAUAUUUCCGUAAGUCGUUUAACUUAGAAGUAUAUAAAUCGUUUUUCACUUGUCCAUAACCGAGAAACGAAAUAGUCCGGAUGGUUGCUCGCAUUUGCCAGCGAGUUCCCUCCUUCUCAGAUAGAAGAGUGAUUAGAGAGUCGUUCGUUCGCAUUCUUAUUUAUUCAACGAAGCUUUUACAAGUCUAACGUUCAAGUAAAUACAAAGAGACUCUAAUCGUUCUACUGAAUUGCCGAGGAAAAGGUUUCGAGACGCAUUGCAGUGAUCGAGAGAACUAUUGGUCGGCCAAACCGUCGUUCUUCGAUCAGACUUGGUCUGAAAUUUCCAUUGGAUAGCCGGUCAGUGCACGACGCACAGGUGACGCAAGGCUGUUAUUCCCUUCGGCUGAUACCUGAUCAAGGCUCAGCCGAUUUUGCUGGGCGAGUGCUCGUGCUCCGCUUGACGAAGGGGCUGGCAUCGUUUGUUCGGGGAAAGGUGACCGUUAGUCAUUCUAAAAAAAGUUUGGACUUUGUUUUGGUUGGGGCUGGACCCUGUGAAGGGAUGCCUACGUACCUCGGAUGAGGAUCAAGCCUUUCGUAGUUCGUUUGACCGAGUGAAAGUGGCUGUAGUAGCGCAUUCACUCGGACGAGUAGAAGUGACGGUUAGGUGCAUCUACUCGGUUUUUUUUUUUUUUUUUUUUUUUUUUUUUUUUUUUUU